AUGGGAAGAAACAUCACUCACUGUAAGAAAUUAGGAACCCUCAAAGCAGAAUUUGGGUGGAAUUAUCAGGGCAAAGUUCUUGAUUUUCCUAAUAACCGAAGCAGUACACUUGUCGACAUUUUUUUCAGUGCACCACCAGUUGGCGCGACAGGUUGGGUUGCCUGGGGUUUAAAUCCGCGUAAACCAUUCAUGGCAGGUACUAGAGCUCUCAUUGGAUUUAAACAUCCAAACGGUUCAAUGCAUCUUGAAACUUAUAACAUUACUAUAGAUACAAAGAGAGGUUGUCAACUUUCAUCAUCCUCUAUCGAAGUGAAAGUUAAUGAUAAUAAGAGUAUAACAUAUUCGGCUGAGUCGGGUUUUCUUACCAUAAUCGCAACUCUAACUCUUCCUCAAGAAUACAAUAUAUCAAAGCUGAAUCUUGUUUGGCAAGUUGGGUCUGUAAAAGAUUCUACGCCUCAAAUGCAUGAUGACACACUUAAGAAUUUUGAUAGUACCGAAACUAUUGAUCUUAGUUCAGGAAAAAGCACAAGUGUUCGACACAGAUUACAUUAUCACAGAACGGCACAUGGAGUUCUGAGCAUAGUAGGAUGGGGAACACUGGUACCAAUUGGCGCCAUAACUGCAAGGUAUUUUAAAGAAUUCCCAGUGAAAUUUUGUGGAUGGUAUCCUCUCCAUGUUUCCUGCCAGAUUUCGGGCUACUUGAUUGGGUCGACAGGUUGGGUCAUCGGGAUAUACUUAGGAAGCAGUUCAAGAUAUUACGAUUUCACUACGCACAGGGACUUUGGAAUCAUUAUCUUCACCUUCUCAACGUUGCAAGUAUUAGCUUUAUUUGUGCGACCAAAAAGAGGAGAUGAUCAUCUGCGGUACUGGAAUAUUUACCACCAUUUAUUAGGUUAUACACUGAUAGUGUUGAUCACCGUUAAUAUAUUCAAAGGGAUAAAUAUUUUAAGACCAGAAAAGAUUUGGAAGUGGACUUAUAUGGGUUUGGUUACUGCACUUGCUUUUCUAGUUAUCAGUUUGGAAGCCUUUACUUGGAUGAAAUUUGUAAAAUGUAAACGAUUAAACCGCCGUCCUUAA